AUGGGAGGGCCACCGUCAGAUUCGCAGUCCGUUCCUCUGCCCAUAGAUCUCCCCUUCCGUAUCAUAUCCAAGACGAUCGGUUGUGGCGCAUAUGCCUCGAUUCGUAAAGCGGUACCCCAAACCAAGUCGUCGCCGGUGAUUGCCAUCAAGUUCAUCAACAAAGAGCACGCAUUUCGCGCCGGCAAGCUACGUCCCAAGCAACUCGAGCUCGAGCUUUCGCUGCACGCACAUGUGUGCCCUCAUCAGAACAUCAUUCGUUACAUCAGUAACGGCAGUGAUGCAGCGUGGGUGUGGAUGGCAUUGGAGCUGGCAGAGGGCGGCGACCUCUUCGACAAGAUCGAGGCCGACGCCGGCGUAGGCGAGGACGUUGCACACUUCUACUUUGCACAACUGAUCAGCGCGAUCAGCUGGUGCCAUGGCAAAGGUGUGGCGCAUCGCGAUAUCAAGCCAGAGAACAUGCUGCUAAGCGGCGAGGGUGAUCUCAAGCUGGCCGACUUUGGCCUGGCCACCAUGUUCCAUGAGCCUCGGACGGGAAAACGCAAGACGUGCGGUAUGGUGUGCGGCAGUCCGCCCUACAUUGCUCCCGAGAUUCUGGACGUCGGUCAAGCGAACCAAAAGCGCAAACAKGGCGAGGGGAAGGUGGGCUACGAUCCCCAGAUUGCGGAUGUUUGGAGCUGUGCUAUCGUUCUGUUCGUGCUGCUCGUUGGCAACACACCAUGGGAUGCGCCGGUCAUGGCCGACAGCUACGAGUAUCACGAAUACGUCACAACCAAAGGCCACCCCGCGGACGAGCUCUGGGAGAGGGUACCCUCGGCAGCGUUGAGCUUACUGCGCGGCAUGCUGAACAUUGAUCACGCCGAGCGCUUCACCUUUGACAGCGUACGCAAGCACCUCUGGUACACACGACCAAAUGAUCAUCUCAACGCCAAAGGCAAGGCCGCAAACCCGGUCGGCUUGGCCACGCAAAUGCUAGAGAGCCUGCGGAUCGACUUUAGCGCACCGGUGCAGUCGUCACAGCGCGAACGUAGCGAUCCAUUUCGCGGCCAUUCACAGGGCGAUCCAAUGGAUGUCGACAGUAGCGCUUCCCAGCAGCCUGGCCAGGCAAACUUAGCAGCCACUCAGCCGGAAACACCCACUGCUGAUGCACCCUUCGAUUGGGAGGCACCGCCGCGGCUGGGUGUCAGCGCUUCCCAGCCACAAACUGAUCAGAACUGUCCGGCGCCUGCGUCAACACGCAACAUCAAUAACAUUCACGACCUCUUUUCGGAGGAUCCCUCCAUGUCUCAAUUUUCUGCCACGCCAUCCGUCCCGCUCACCUUGACCCAGGUCGCUAGACAAUUCAAGGACAUCGUGCCCUCGCAUUCGUUGGCGCGAUUCCUCUCGAUGCUGACAUUUGCGCAGCUGUUACCAAUGCUGCUGACUGCCAUGCAUCGCUUGAACAUACCCGUCGCGGAGCCACCCACGAGUGCCUUGGAGGGAAAGGACCCGGUCGUAUCCCUGCGUGUCAAGACUUUGGAUUCUCGUCAACAACCUUUGCAGGGCCAUGUUUUGGUCGAGCGGAUCCCCGUUCCUGGCCAAGUCAAUUUGGACGUGCUGGAAGUGCGUUUUGUCAAAGCCAAGGGCGAUCCGGUGGGCUGGCGACGCCUAUUCAAGCAGAUUGCUGUGCUUUGCAAGGACGGUAUCAUCGUUCCUCCCGGCCAGAGUCAGCAAUCCCAAUGA